CUGUUGUCGAUGAGAGUGGUAUUCGUGUAAUUAUGGAUUAGCUUCAAAAAGCGACGAAAUCUGAAAAUCCUAAUACCAGAAGAGCGGCUGUUAAUUUUAUUAUCGUCGUUCUGUAUGAAUACUAGAGGCGAUUAUUCGCAUGUUUGAAUUCAGAUCAACAGAACUCAGUUGCAUCGGAUGUUCGUCGAGCGAUGCGUCACGCAGCCAACGAAAUCGAUGGCAAAGAUAAAAUCUUACCUGGAUUCCGUCUACGUAAAGGUAUCUCACCUCUCAUCCCAAUCUUCAGAGAAGCCAUGUUAAACGGAGCUACAGAUGUUGAAGAACAAGGAGCUUUCGGUUUGGGCGAAGUCAUCAAGCUUUCUAGUAAGGAAUCCCUUAAAGUGAACGUGGUCGCUAUUACCGGUCCUUUGAUUCGAGCAGUAGGUGAAAGAUUCGUUGGUACCUAAUGUCAAAGCUGCUGUUAUCGAAUUAUUGGCUAUAUUGUUGAUAAGGUGGGAUUAUCGUUGAAGCAGUUCUUGCCGCAGUGACAAACUACGUUUUUGAAAUCGUUGGUUGAUCCACAUGUACGAGUACGGUUGAAAGCAGCUUUCGCUCUGAGUCGACUUGUGCUAAUACAUGGCAAAGCUGAUCCUCUGUUUUUGGAGCUUCCUACGGCCAUUAAGACGACGGAAUAAGAUUCUAGUAUAAAGGGAACGAUUUUACACACGUUACGAGUGCGGUAAUCAUCCCAUCCGGCGAUAGAAAUGUCUGAUCAAGUUAGAAGAUCUUUAUUCAUGAUGCUGAUUGCUGAUGGAUAUAUUGGGCCUCAUCGCCUCAACGAAGAUUCAAUUAGAUCAAUCGCCGCCGCCUGCUUGGCCUGUUUGAUGCGUUGGUUAUCGACGGAGCAACUCAACGUUAUUUUGACUGAACAUUUAUUAGCUGAUGAUCCUUCGAUAAGACAGUAUUCUAAAAUACGGAAGAAGCAAAUGUUUGUUCGUAGCAUUGAAAGAAAACGCUAAAUACGUUUAUACGGGAAAUUAUUGCGAGAAAAUCAAUAAAACUUUGAUCUCACAUCUACAAUCUAGUAAAACAAUCAAUGUUCGUUCCUGCCACGAAAUGUACCGGAAAUGCCAGUCAACUUUUUAAAAGCCAUUGUGCCUAAUGUUAGUUAACGGUACUAAAGAAAAGAACAGCUUCGUCGAAGCGAAUUGCGAAUUUUCACUAAUCGCUGUGCUGAAAUUACGAGAGGGAGAUUCCAUUCAUCAGGCUUGCAUUAGUGUACUGGAUUCAGGAGCUAAAGAAUCAUUGAACGAUAUUGACCAAAAAGUUGACCAAAACUGCAACGAAUAUCGAAACAAUGAUUAGAUAGAGAUAUUUGCCAAUUAUCUAUUUUUUACGCAAAGAAGAUCAAAAAGAUUUGUAUCGGAGAAGAAGUACUUAUGAUUGAAAAUCGAGAUGACCAAAUUUUCUGAACGUCGAUCAAACUGGCAAAAUAAUUCAGGAAGAUUCCGCAGCCCGGAAAUAUCGAACUUGAAUUAAAUAGGUCGUACAUCCGGUGUUUGAUAUUGGACUUCCCUGUGAGAAUGAGUUUUCCAAAGAGGGAAAUCUGGAGUAUCUCGAGUACGAUUUUGUUGCGAACGAAUACCACUGUUGAAACCGAAAUGAGAAUAAUUUGAUGGCUGUUCAUUUUCUUAUUCAAAAGAUGAACGUUGGGCUGCCUGAUGUAUUCCUUCAACUUUGAGCAUUUGUGGAAGAAAGAAAAUGAAGAAAUGGAUAUGGAUAAUAUUCGACGUCGGAUUUUCGAAUUGCGUACGCGAGAUGUUUCCCCUCCCUCCGAAGAUGAAUUCGACGCGAUUUUUGGAAUUUCUGCUAGGAUUGGAUUGGAUCGGGUAUUGUCUUGGCAGUUAUAGGCGAAUUAGCGGUCGUCAUUGUCCGUCGGUGAUGGCCACUAAUUGAAGUGCCUCCGCAUGAUUGUGGAUGACGGAUAUGAGCCGGAUGAUUGGUCAAUGUGGCGACUUACUCAGAUGGACUUCCUGACACGAAUUGUGCUUCCGUGCUGGUGGAUGCUGAUUUCGUUGCGUAUCCGAGCCGUGGCGAGAUCACUAAAGGUAUUCCAUCUGGCCAUUCUCCUAUCCGGUCAGCUUGGGUACGGUCGGAGAGAAAGUCUGCUAUAUAGUCUGUGUUAGUUGGGGUUGAAAUUUACGUGUUUUUUCUGUUGAAAAUUUCUAAAUUUUGUCUCGCUUUUUUAUUUUUUAUUUAUUUAUUUUUUUCAAUUCAAUCAUUAUUUUUGGCUUCAUAUUUUCUUACAUUCUUCUCCCAUCUCUAUAAAAGGUGUAAACAAUUUUUACGGGUUGGUUUCAAUACAAGGCAAGUAUGGCGUGCGAGUUUUCUACGUAAAUUUCAUUUUUUUAUUUUUUAUUUUUUUAAAAAUUAAAGUUGUCCCUGUGCAUAACUUAUGUCCAACUUUACCAGAUCGUCUCGGUGGCCCAAGGGAAUUGUCGCCGGCGGGCCUGUGGAGUACUGGUAAUGCAAAAUUACUUUUUUUUUCUGCACAUUCUCUUGAUUUUCGCGAAAAGAUCGCAACUUUCGAGUGGAGGAGUUGCGCAACCGGCUCAUGUCUUGGACGUUACGGCGUAGCCUCCGCGUGUCCCAUGAGAUCCCACUCCCUCAGCAGCAACAGUCUGGAUAAGCCAACUUUACCGCUUCGCAAUGCCAUUAAUCGGGUUGGCGGUAAUGCUAAAAGCUGCACUUUAGGUUUUUGGACUGCGCGUAAAGAUCGCUACGCUCGGGGGAAGACGUAGCGCAGGUUCUCCUGGACGUACCCGGUAUCGAUACUGGCGCGGGUUCCUUGAGAAAUCCUCUUCCCUCAACCCAUUCUCAGUCCUUUGGGUGGGGUACCUAUUCUUGUUCAUGAUGAUGCAUGAAGGGGUAAAGUAUGACGGACUUUGCCAAGAUGGAGAUCUAUAUACUGAGACUACUGUAUCCUGUUUCGAUUCCGACGUCUGAAAAUCUCGCCUGAAGAUCUGAUCUUCAUCGAUGAGCUGCAUCUUUCGAUUCGAAUUGAAGCUCGCGAUUGAAAACUGCACCACCGAUCUUCUUAAACAACGAUAUCAUCGAUCGAUAUGACCAUCAUGCUACAUUUUUGUUGAAAUUUUCUACAUGCAACAAGUGUUCGCGAUGCUGCAUCCACAGAGACUGCUGUAAUUCGAUCUUUCGAUUCCAAAGCCCAAAAUACCGAAUUCGCAGGAAUUUCAAUAUGUUUGAUGUAAUGCUGUCGGUAUCUACUCGUUAUUUCACUUCAUCGUUGAAAUGCGCAUUUUUUGGAAGAAAGGAAAGCUGAAUAUUUUCCACCUCAUAUUAUCGAAUUGGAGGCGGAGAUAGACCCUGCAGAUUUAAGAAUGGAAUUCAGCUGUAGACCCUGACCCUACCGAAACGUGUGAUAUCAUCAACUCAUAGUCAGCUUCAGAAUACGAGUAUUCUCCGGCUUCGAACGUGUAACGUCUUACUACGUAUGUAAUUUUUGUGAUCUCGAUAUCUCUCGCCUCCCUCCCGCCCCUCCAGUUUCAAUUUUACUCGAUCAGCUUUCGACAGAACAAUACUAUUGUGGCGAUAUUUUAUUCAGCAGAACCAGCAUUUUUUAACCGAGCUUCAAGAAGCACUUUUUUGACGAUAAUAAUGCAAUGUAUGUAAAUGGAACUUGCCGCUCCCCCCUCUCCGUGCAUCGCAGCACUUGGCGCACGUGCAAUAGACGCAUAACAGCGAUGAAUAAUUUUUUGAGAAGUGCAUGUAGACAAACUGUAGCUCGGAGAAUGAUAUUCUUACACGCAAUUUUCAUGCUGUGCGAAUUUUUUGAAUGGUUAUAUGCUCAAUGCUCAUACUUACGCGUACGAAUUUGUGAAUAUGAUUGUGCACCCAACUAUACCUGAUAUUUGAUUAUUGAAAUGAUUCGAUUGGAAAAGCUGUAUGGUUAUUCCCUGAAAAUGGAAUACGCAGUUUCAUAUUAUUGAGAACUUGCAUGAACGUUCGCUGAUUUGUUUACAUCGAUUUGCGCAGAUAUUCAACGUUUGUUUUUCAAUCGAUGGAAGAAUGUUGUCAAUGUAUUGGAAUUUUUUAGAGCUCGACGUACGAUACGAGUAGAUAUUUUUACGCUUUAUUUAGAUAGUUUAUGGCGCAAGGCUGACUCACGACAACACUCGCAGUACCAAAACUUUUUUUCUGAUUCGAAAACGAUGAUUUUCUUUGAUUUGGUCCCCCCUCCCCUUUUCACUAUUUUGGCAUAAUAGGGAUGCUAUUUUAGGAUAGGUAUACUUCAACGAUAUUCGUUUCGAACAAUUAUUAUUUUUGGCUUUAGUUUUUUGACUUUGAUCAAAUCAGUUAUAUUUUGAUGUAUUUUUUUUUUUUUUUUUUUUUUUUUUUGAAAAUUGGAUAGGCAUUUGAUGAUUUUGGAUUCAAAAUUGGGAAAAUGUUAAAUGGUUAGUGUUUUGAGGAAGGAAAGGUGUUGUUUCACGAUGUAUUAAAUUUUGCUAUUUUCAAAAUUCAUUGUAGGUAUAAGUUGAGCGCCGAUGUUGGUAUCUGGUCAACCUGGAGACCUCACAACAUCGGAAGAGACCCGGAGGGUUUUGCGAUGCCUACUGCGACCGCCCCCGGCAUCCGGGACUCCAUGACGGCAUGGUAGGGUCGCAUUAAACGAAGGGUAACAGGGAUGGUAGAUGUUACACGUUUAACUAGAUAUCUAACAUUGUUCGAAUCGCAGGUCGAAAGGUCUUUUCAUCGUCGGUGGCGUUCUUUGGUACCUCGUGCAUGACUUUUUCCUUCAAAGACACACUAGCGUGUGCUUUUUGAAGCGAACGAGUCAUAUACGAGUUAUCCGAGCCGUCGUCGGCGAUUUGUGGUGCGUGAAAGUGCGUGUGUCGAAGCUGUAGGGUCUGUCCCAGGCGAUAGCAGGCCGUGAAAACGGAGCAGUUUGGUUCGCAUGCUAAAUUAGUCGCAACCGUAGGCCGACGUCGGGCUGAAAGUUGUGCAAAGUCUUUCGUGUCUGGAAGCUGGCAUCUGCUACGCCGUGUAGGAGGCGCGUGAUGAAGUGUGCGCGAAGUUGGCGAAGGCUUCAAAAUAGGCAUAUGGGGUAAGAUUCGAGACAAGUCCGCAAGAACGGUACACUUGGUACAUAGGGGGCUUGCUCGGCGCCUCAAUAUUGGUACGGGCCAGAGGUUGGUGCGUACGGCCCUCCGAGUCGACAGAGCUCGGACUGCCCUUGUAGCCGUCCUAGGCGAGGUUAGGGUAGAAAUCCGUGCGCCGUCUACUUGCUUACUGCUUCCCGGCGGUACACGUGCCGACCGGGGUUUUUACAGGAUCGGCUUAUCAAAGAGGAUUUAGGCUGGCGCCUUUCAGGCGGUCUGUUAUCACUUCGUACGAGUGUAACUUUUAUUCCUGCGCUGACGUCAGCGUGUUGUAAAUUUUACCCUCGUACGAAGUUAUAACUGACCUGCCUGCGGGGUCAUGCUAUAUACCUUGCCUUGAGGAUCAAGUUCAGCCUAUCCCGCAGUGUUGGCGCUUUGGUCGAAUGCCCGUGAAACUCAUGAAGCAUUCAACAGCACUGCCCGUGGUGAGUGUAGGGAAUUGAGAUACUGUUCCGGAGAGUUGGGCCCGACAAAGGGUUCGAUUGUCUGGACUGUUGAGAGUGCGAGAAGAGCGGAUGUCGAUCUGGAUUUUUAUGCUUUGUUAGAAUCUAGUUAAACGUGUAAGGUCUUUCCGUCAUCUUAUUGGGGUAGAGAAAUAAUCGAAAAUUGAUCUGUUAAAAAUAAUUAUAGCAUCGAACUUUCUAGGAAUGUGUUUUAGUCAUCAUUGGUCGGAUGGGAGAUGACUGAUGGGGUUCGAUUUUGGUACUGUGUUAAGAGUCACGUCUACAGGUGAGUCGUUUACUAUGUUACGUAUAAGUUAGUUUACACGCAUCGAUUCAGGUGAGUCGUUACUUAAUUACUUAUUAAUUAAGAUUAGCUUAUUUGCGUCAAAUUUGAGAAAUGAGACAAGUGACGAGCGAAAUUGUCGAGCAUUCACGCUGUUUAACGAUGAAAUUUGUCGAGAAAUUGAAAUUAGGACCCUCCCCCUUCCCACCUCUUUACUUUUUAAUGUACAUAUAUCAUGUUGAUGUAUAAUUUCUGUAUUUUUUUUAAAAAUUUGUAUCAUAUCACAUGUUAUUAUUAUUCGUGCAUUUUUGUAAUGACCAAUCAUGGUUUUUCACUGUCGAGCGGCCGGCAGUGUUUUUUUGUCCAGAUUGGUCAACGUGUUGUAGUACAUAUAUUAAGUUUGUAUUGAUUUCUUUUCCGUUAAAUUUAAAACGAUAUUCGUUU